AUGAAUCCCUCGGCACCAAAAGAGUUGCCGUAUUGGAUUCCAUUUCUAGGUCAUGUUCGCUCCUUCUUCAAGGACUACAAUGAAGCCAUCGACGAGGGAAGAAAAUACUUCAACGACUCAAACAUGCCGUUUAGCGUCUCCAUCGCAGGGGCGCGCAUCUACAUCUGCUACGCCCCCGAGGACGUCGCCGGCCUGUACCGCAACACCACCACAAUCUCCUACGACAACGUCAUCAAGGACAUGUACCGGUGGAUCGGCGUCAGCGACGACGGCUUCGCCAAGAUGUUCACCAUCAACGAGUCCUCCAGGCACAACAUCGGCAUGGCGCACGCGCAGGCCCCCGGCAACAUGAUCAACGAGUAUCACCGCCGCCAGACCAAGCCAGGUCCCCUCUUCGAGGACCUUUUGCACGCCAGAACCAUUCCGGGAAUCGACCAAACGCUGCAGGACAUCGUAGAUGGACGCAGUGCAUCUGUAGUUGGACGAUCGGCUGAUGGCGCGGCUGUUUCGCUUCUUGGCCUGUGCACCGAUCUCUUCCUUCGGGGCACCACGACGGCUUUCCUCGGCCAGAAGAUCUGGGAGGUGAAUCCCACGCUACUGGACUCAUUUGCGCUCUGGGAGCGGACGAACUGGAAGUACAUGUUCCAGAUGCCUGAGAUCAUCAGCGGGGAUAUGGUUCAGGCCCGGGACGCCAUCAUUGGCACCUUUGUCAAGUACCUCGCUAUCCCGGCAUCAGAACGAAGCGACUGCAUCGACUUUGUCAAGUCGGUGGAAGCCAUGAUGCGGGACGUGGGGGUCGACGAGCGAGACAUGGCCAAAAUUUUCAUGCUGCAUUUCUGGGCUGUCCUGGGCAACAUAUACAAGGUCGCCUUCUGGGCCAUCGCGCAUAUGGCAUACGACCCGUCACUCCUCGACGCCAUUCGGGCGGAGGUCACGCCCGCAGUCAAGGACGGCCAGGUAGACGAAGCCUAUCUCGCCGAGAACUGCCCGCUGCUGGAGUCCCUCCUCAGCGAGGUUCUCCGCCUCACGGUCGCCACCGCUCUCGUCAGAGAUGUCGUUGCGCCCACGCACAUCCGCGGCAAGACGCUCCAACCGGGAAGCAAGAUACUUGUUCCCUACCGUCAACUCCACCAGAACCGCUCCGUCUGGGGCGACGAUCCCCUCACGCUCUCGCCCGCGCGCUUCGUCGCAGAGCCGAAGCUUACGUCCUCAAAGUCCUACCGCCCUUUCGGAGGCGGUCAUACCCUGUGCCCCGGCCGCUUCCUGGCCAAGCGCGCCAUGGGGUAUGCCAUUGCCGCGCUGGUCACCAAGUUCGAGCUGAGUCUCGACGUUGAGAUGACGCGCCGAGCGGUCGGAGGUAGUGGCAAGUCGGUCCGGUUCCCCCGGAUGGACUCGACCAAGCCAAGCCCAGGAGCAAGUCUACCCCACAGAGGCGAGGAUGUCUUCCUAUUGUUGAAGGAGAGGAGGACUGCAUGGUAG